UCGCACGCCCGGUUCGGAACAGCAGAGGAAGGAGCGCCCGCGCCUCAGGCUCCUCGCGAAAGUGACCAUGCUGCCCCAACAGCUGCUGCAGCAGCAGUUCCCUGACGAAGCAAGCUAUGCAAAUAGCACCAGAAUUCCUCUUCCUGGUGACAGCCCAGCGCUCCAGCCAAACAGCUCAGCACCUUCCAAGCAAACGGUGCUAUCUUGGCAAGCUGCAAUUGAUGCUGCUAGACAAGCCAAGGCUGCCCAAAGCAUGAGCACUGCUCCAGCUCAACCUGUAGGAUCUCUGUCCCAAAGAAAGCGCCAGCAAUAUGCCAAGAGCAAAAAACAGGGUAAUACAUCCAAUAGUCGGCCAGCCCGUGCUCUCUUCUGUCUGUCCCUCAAUAACCCACUCCGAAGAGCCUGCAUUAGUAUAGUAGAAUGGAAACCGUUUGACAUAUUUAUAUUACUGGCUAUUUUUGCCAAUUGUGUGGCCUUAGCUGUUUACAUCCCAUUUCCAGAAGAUGAUUCUAAUUCAACAAACCAUGAUUUGGAAGUUGAAGACAUGGGCCACGUUCUACUCCGCUGUAUCUUUUACCAAGUCCCACGGAGUAAAUUGCUCGCAACCCUGGUCAGCAAGCAGCCUGGCUGUCAAGAAUCAGAUUAUCUUCAAAUGCUUCUCAUGGAUGACCGACCUUACGUUACAGCGCAGGUAGCCAGGUUCUGCGUGGUGGCAGUAAAGAUCCGGUAA